UUUGAAACUGAAGGCAGUAGGCACCAUUCUCGUUCGGCGGAUAUCUGUUUUCUCCGGUGAAUUGGAGUUAUUUCUGGCAGCUGAAGCCCCGAAAGACGUGCGAACUAACGAGAUUUUCCCAUAGAAAUAGAAAAUGUUGUUUUUCUCAUACUUCAAGGACAUGGUGGGCAGAGAAGUGACAGUGGAACUGAAGAAUGAUUUGGCUAUCCGAGGCACACUCCAUUCAGUCGAUCAGUAUCUCAACAUUAAGCUCGAAAACACAAGUGUCGUUGAUGAAGACAAGUACCCUCACAUGCGUUCAGUGAGGAACUGCUUCAUCAGAGGAUCAGUGGUGAGAUACGUCCAGUUACCUCCAGAUGGAGUCGACAUUGAGCUGCUUCAUGAUGCUACGAGGAGAGAAGCUCGUGGUGGCUAAAAGGCUAAAAUCUGAGACCUUCAAAAGUGGAUGUACUUUUAAACUUUUGAGUGUGUAAAUCAGCAUGUACUGAUUUUCUUUGUUAAAUGUAUUUUUAGAUGCUAUUGCAUGCAGUGCUUUGUAUUCUGCUGUUCCUCCUCUCCAUUUUUACCUAACUGUGUGGUGUGAAAGCCUUGGAUGGGAUUUUAAAAAAAGUUGUACAAUUUAUGAAAAA